CGUCAUGCCUCGGUUUGGCGGGGAACAGGUUCAUCGCGCGGAUGACCAUAAUCAUCCUGAUUCUGUACAUAUUCUGCAACACUACGAUUGAUUUUGCGGCGCCCCUUUAGCGCCGCCUGAAAUCGCGAGAGAUCACAUUAACACGUUUUGCCUGACUUUGGGCCUGCUUCCUGUGACAUCUCCUGGAGACAACUCUAGGUCUCGAUACAUUAUGGCUGAGCCACCGCAGCCAACACCAUCAAAGUCCGAAGCUAUUUCAUCCAUUACUGGACCAUCAGCCGGGAAAGCUCACGAUGCAGCGGUCGAAGACGACUCGGACCCCGACUUUGACGAUCUAGAUGACGUCCUAGACCAAUUCUCAGCCGCAACAACCGCUCAAUCCAACUCACAAUCGGAACCUACUCCCUCAUCCUCAGGGCCAGGCAGACCCACGACAAGUGAUGCAUCAGCACUCCCACCAGACAUUCCCAUACCAGAGGGUCCCAAGCCCUCGGAGAGCGAAGAUGAAUUCAUGGCGCGGCUCACGGCCGAAAUGUCCAGUGUCAUGUCCAAGAUGUCCGCUGAUCCCGCCGCCUCAGCCGCAAACCCCGAAGACAUCGCUAAGAUGGGCCGGGAGCUGGAAGAAUUUACGCAAAAGAUGGAAGCGGAGGGUAUCAAGCCGGAAGACCUGCUCAAAGCGAUACUAGGCGAAGAAACGGGCACGCACGUGGGCGAAAUUGCAGAACAUGAACGCGAGCGACGCGAGAGCGAGGCCAACUCGAAAUCGCGCAGUCCCGAGAAAUCCAGAUCAAACCCCGAAGAGCCAUCGUCAUCCAAAGGCAAGCCCUCGUCCUUCGAGGACACGAUCCGCAAGACGAUGGCGCGCAUGGAGUCCUCGUCAGCAGCCGCAACCAGUGCCACCGCAGAGGCCGCCAAGUCUGAAGAGGACAUGCUGGCCGAGAUGUUGCGGGCAUUGGAUUCUGAAUCGGCAGGCUCCGACGGCGAUUUGUCCAAGAUGUUCCUCGGCAUGAUGGAGCAAUUGACCAACAGGGACAUGCUGUAUGAACCGAUGAAGGAACUCAAUACCAAGUAUCCGGAGUGGCUAGAACAGAACAAGCCGAAACUACCCAAAGACGAGUACGAGCGGUUCACUAGACAGCAAGCCAUCGUGAAAGACAUUGUUGGCAAGUUUGAGGAAAAGAAUUACAGCGACGAGGAUUCCAAAUGCAGGGAAUUUGUAUGGGAGAAGAUGCAGGCGAUGCAGACCGAGGGUGCACCGCCGGAGGAUCUGGUUGCGAAUCCGUUCCCUGGAAUGGGAGGAUUGCCAGAUCUGGGUGGAGGCGAGGGGCCGGAAGAAGGGUGUCCGACGCAAUGAAUGGAUUACGGUGUUUAGUACGUGAACCAAGAUUGACACCAAGGGCCAGUGAUAGGAUGGAGACAUCUCACCGCUUGCGUCUUCCGAAGUGUCUGCGGAGUGGAUGAUGAAGGAUACGACUCGGUCUACACUCGAUGGACGCUCACGGACAUCUAUACCUGGAAGAUGCCAUUCAAGUGACAUGCGGUGCUGGAACGUCAUAUACACACACACACACACACACACACACACACACAGGGGUCCAGAGCCACGAGCGGAUCUCUGGUGAUGGUAUAGAGUAUCUUCUGCAUAUCUCUUAUGGAGCGGAACACAUACAGUUGCAACGAAUGAUGAAAAGGAGAGGAGA